AUUUUAAAUCGGAUACAAAUCAACAUAUAUAUUGAAGACUGGAUUCAUGGAAGUGAAAGAAACACAACUUGGAAUUCCAGAAUGAGUGACUUUGCAACAUUUUUAGACCUGAUCAUAUUCAAUAUGACUAUGUUCUCCAUAACUCCAUUUACCGUAGCUUUGAUCACUUUUCUCCUGCUAGUCUUCUCCUUGUGGCAACAUCUCCAGAAUAUGCAGCACAAUUUCAAAGGACCCAGAGACCCCAGGACCAAUGCCCACAUAACUGCCUUGAAAAUUAUGAUCUCCUUUCUUCUGCUCUAUGCCACUUACUUUCUGUCUUUUUUCAUAUCGUGUCUUUUGAAGAUGCAUCAAAGCAAGCUGGUUCAGAUUCUUUCCCUGAAUUUUGGACUCAUCUAUCCUUCAAGCCACUCAUUUAUUUUGAUUUUGGGAAGCUCCAAGUUAAGGGAGGCAUUUCUUUUGGUGCUGAAGCAGCUACGGUGUGGGCUAAAAGAUGAGAAACUCACUACUCUGUGA